AUGCCCAACAUCAGCCUCAGCAGCAGAGCGUGGCCCUCACCCUCCUGCUGUGCCAAUAAAUUAGACAACGCAUCCAUCCCCACGGCGGAUCCUUACCAGGGUUCGGGGUACCUAAUCUACCAGACAGAGCAGCUGAUCACGCUGUGGGUCCUGUUUGUGCUCGUGAUGUGCGGGAAUGUUGUGGUGCUCCUUCUCGCCAUACCUGCUCGUCGAGCAAAGCCACGGAUGACCUUCUUUGCCAUAAACCUGGCAAUCACUGAUCUUCUAACAGGAUUAGUGACCAUCCUUACAGAUAUCAUCUGGAGAUAUACUGGAGAGUUUCUAGCCAAUGAUGCCAUGUGCCGGAUUGUGCGAUAUCUGCAGGUGGUACUUUUGUACGCCUCCACGUACGUGUUGGUAUCUUUGAGCAUAGACCGUUACCUGGCCAUCGUGCAUCCCAUGAAAUUUUCAAAAACAGACAGCCGCUCUCGUCAGCUGGUAGGGGCUGCCUGGUGCCUCUCUUUGCUAUUUGCGUCCCCGACGAUCGCCCUGUACACACUAAAGCUGCUGCCUAAUGGAGAGCAGCAGUGCUGGGUCGUGUGGGCAGAGAAGGAGAUAUUCUGGACGAGCUACAUGACCACAGUGGCCUGCUUGGUGUUCUUCAUUCCGCUCACUGUCAUCUGUGUGGUGUAUUUUUUCAUAGUACGUACCAUCUGGAGAAAAAGCAAUGCAGCAAAUGUCUUGAAAUGUCGCGCCGUUGCAACCACUGGCAGCAAUUAUGGUUACGAUGGUGUUCAGGCUGAUAUUUUGCCUAUAGAAACAUACAGGAAGGCAAAAAAGAAGACCAUUAAAUACAGCCUAGCUGUCAUAUCUGCGUUUGUGCUGUGCUGGAGCCCGUACUUAAUGUUUGACAUUCUGGACAACUUCUACCUCUUGGCCGAGACAGAGGAACGUAAUUUUGCGCUGCUCAUCAUUCAGAACCUGCCUGCGCUCAACAGCGCCAUAAACCCAUUGGUGUACUGUGCAUUCAGUGACAAUGCCUGCCACUGCAUCUGGUUGGGGAUAAAGACAUCGUGGAUGUUUCCCGUGCGUCUGCGGAAGCGCCAGCAUGACCUUCGGUGUCUGGACCGUCGUAAUUGCUCCACACACAUUCCAAGGGUGUCCACAAGCCCAGGCAGGCAAGAUGAUUGGAGGCACAACGAUGCCACCGAAAUCUCCUCAUCGGACAUCAUUCUCACAUUCGUAUCUGAGACGUCAUCUAUCAAACAGCAGUCAGCACAUGCUGUACUGCACAGGGAAAACGUUUGUGUGCAAUAA